AUGGCGUGGCUGCUUCAACAGGAGUCGGUGAUCAGAAUUUCAUUUCAUCAGUGCAUGACUGGGUUGCGAGUUAGCCCCGAAGGUCCUUCGCGAAAAGAUACUUCCUUCGUCGCGAACCACCUUGGCUUGGCUGCUCUGCUUUCCGAGUACCAGUGUGACCAUGGGCAUGAACAUCUGGCUCUUCAGAAUGGGCUCCCGAAGAAGGCUCAAGCUUAUCCGACGGAAUUGGUGCACAUCAUUUUGCAGGGCAUCUCUCUUUCCUCAACGCCGCUCAGCUGCUACGACUCCAGCUUUCCGACCUUGGAGGACGAAGAAACUGAAGCAGCAGAGCAAGUUGAGGAAGAUGAACCAGACGAUGCUGAGCCGCGCAGGCCUCUUGGAGAGCUUGAGAGAAGGCAAGCUGAGCAGUUGGCAGCGGAUCAAGUCAAGAAGGUGAAGCUCCUGCACGUCAACCUAGGUCACAUCUCAACUGAGAAGAUGCUAGUCUUGCUGAAGGCUGCCCGGGCCAAAGAGGCCGUGAUGCGAUUUGUGAAGGACUCCUAUCGUUGUGAGCAAUGCCAGAAACAAAAGAGACCAAUCGAGCGUCGCAAGGCGACCAUGCCUCGCACCUUUUCCUUCAACCGAUACAUUGACGUGGUCAUUUUUUACAUAGCACUGCAAGGCAAGACACUGGCUUAUUUGAACGUCAUUUGUCACGGCGCCAAUUUUCAGCAAAUACAAUGGUUGCAAAGGUAUGACGCUGGAACUCCUUCCUCUCGUAGUGUGUGGCAAGCCUUUUUAGCAGCUUGGUUGAAGCCCUUUGGCAAUCCAGAGGUUGUUUUGUCAGAUGGGGGCUCAGAGUUUAAGGACUGCUUCGAACGGCACCUGGAACAAUAUGGGAUUCUACAGGUGAUUAGUGAUGCGGCCUCCCCGUGGCAGAACGGGCGGGUGGAACGCCACGGGGGAUGGUUAAAGGAGAAGGCAGAAGAUGAGCUAUCCUCCGGCAACAGCAUAGUCAGUUCUCCAGAAGACUUGAAUGAAGUACCUUGGCAGGACGUUGUGGCUGACGCCUAUGAUUUGGACACAGCUGGGGCCGAAUUCGCUCGGGCUCAGAAGCUUCGACAAAAAGCCCGCAAACUCUGCGUUCAGUUUACUUCAAGCGAGAAGGUUCGCUUAGGCUCAUCACAUCGACCUCGCAAGCAAACUCAAUGGGCUAUUGGACAGUGGGCCUUAGUUUGGAGACGAUCUGCGCAAUCAGGUAGUGGUGGUCACAUCACCAGGUCAAGAUGGGUUGGUCCUGGUGUGGUGGUCUUGCAGGCAGGUCACACUGUAUAUGUUUCCAUGAGAGCUAGACUGUGGAAGUGCAACAGCGACCAACUCAGACCAGCUACUCACUUGGAAUCGGUGGGGGCCGAGCUGGCUCGAGCAGGUGAACUUCAAGGACUGCUCCAGGCCGGCCACCGGGCCAAGAUUGGAGCCAUAGAUCCCAAUCCAGAAACCCCCGCAGACAAGCGUAGAAGACUUUCGACCACAAGCCAAUCAUCAGAUGGCCAGUCGGUCAGCCAGAGAGUGGCGGAGGUCGAAGAUCGAGAAACACAGCGGUUGCAGAGGAUCGCUGAGAAAGAACUGCAAAGGUUAGACAGACUGGACCGACUCCGUGCGAGAAGGGAGGGCUCAACCUCAUCAGCGUCCAUAGAUCAGCCCUUGUUGAGAGUUCCCAUGCCGACAGAGACCUCAACGGACUACACUCCAACCGAACCGGGAGAAGAGAACCUUUUCUGUUUAGAGACUGUGCGCGAGCCAGAAAUUUCACUCAUGGUUAAACCCAUCAACCCGAAGAACUCUGAGUUCGACAUGAAGAAUGCGACCCCGGAGGAAAUAGAUGGGUUUAAGGCCGCCAAGGUGAUUGUCGGGGAAGAGGCCAACAAUCUUCGACGACAAUUUCGUGAUCGAAUUUUGAGCUCACGAAUCAUCAGACGGAAGAAACCCAUGCCAGGGGUCGGCAAUUGGAAAUACAAAAGUCGUUGGUGCUUGCACGGCCAUCAUGAUCCAGAUAGUGGUAGCUUCAAGACAUUUGCACCAAUGCCCAGCGCUGAGGCCAUUAACUUGUUUUUUCAAUUAGUGCUGAACUUGGGUUUCAGGAUCUCCUUUGCGGAUGUGCAAUCAGCUUUUUGCCAGUCAAAGCCUUUGCAUCGGCCACAAGGCAGGCUGUUUGCUGAACCUUGCUCUGGAUUAACUCUACCUGAAGGAGCACUCAUUGAGAUCAUUGCUCCAAUAUACGGGCUCGACGACGCACCGUGGCUUUGGCGUGAGACCCUCCAAGAGUUUUUCGGCAAGCUGGGCUUUCGACCUUCUUUGUUGGAGUCUUGUUGGCUCAUCAAGGAGGAGCAUGGAGCGAUAGUUGCCUUUGUUCUAAUAGAGGUAGACGACUUGAACAUAGCAGCCAACCCAAAAUACUUCGAAUUCCUGCAAAAGAAGCUGACUGAACGGUUUCGCUUUGGAAAAUGGGAGUUUGGAGAAGCCGAUUUUGCCGGUCGACGCGUCCGAUUUGAGAAAGACGGAGUGUUGAUGGACCAACAAAAGUAUAUUUUGGAGAAACUGCAAGUGAUCAAACCCCCUCGAGGUCAACUAGGCAACAAAGAAGAUCUUCUCCAAGGUGACGUUUUCGAGCAGUACAGAUCCAUGCUGUACAGAGUAAACUGGCUGGCGCAUCCAACCAGACCAGAGGCAGCAGGCACAGUGAGCAUCCUGUCCUCCAGACUGAAUAGAGCAUCAGUUUAUGACUUGGGUUUUUUGAACAGAAUGGUACAACGCAUUAAAGGCACGGCUUCCCAACCAUUGGUGCUUCACAAUUUCGACAAUGAGAAAAUGAUUUUCAUUUCAGCUUCGGAUGCAGGAGGUGUGGCCAGUAAACCUCCUGUACCAGACGACCUCGAACUGACGGACACAGUCCAGGGGGCCUGGGUAAUCUUCAUCUCAGAUCAGCUGCCAAAUGCUUCCAGAAAAGUCAAGGUCUCUACGGUGUCAUGGAGAUCGACUAAGUUGAAGAGAAGAGUUUCGUCUACGUUGGCCAGUGAAGCUCUAGCCUUUUCACAAGCUCUCACAGAGAUUGAAUGGUUGCUCUUGGCGCGAGCAAGUGAACUCAAGGGCAGACUGGAGCAAUGCAACAUCACUGAUGCCAAAUCGCUGUACGCCUCUUCUCGUCAAAAUCGACGGACGGCAGUGGAGUUGGCCAUCAUUUUAGAAGCAUUGACGCGAGCAAGGUCGGUGGUUAGGUGGUCUCCACACCCUCGAAUGGUUGCUGACACUCUCACCAAGGAAGACAUUAGUCGCAGCAACGGCGCCUUGGAAGAGACACUUCGCUCCUCACGGUUGAGUUUGUGGGACGAAGAAGCAGAGCUCGAGAGGAGACGACAAUGCCCAUCCUCCAAGCUGCGCUCUAAAAGAGCUUCCAGCUCCUUUCGAGAGGAACUCGUUCUCUUAGCAAGCUUGAUCAACAAAGAUUGGGGGGGAGCUGAGUGA